CUAGUUUCCCACGUUCCUAGUCUCCUACGUCCCUAGUCUCCCACGUCCCCAGAUCCCUACGUCCUCAGAUCCCUACGUCCCUAGUUUCCCACGUUCCUAGUCUCCUACGUCCCUAGUCUCCCACGUCCCCAGAUCCCUACGUCCUCAGAUCCCUACGUCCCUAGUCUCCCACGUCCCCAGAUCCCUACGUCCCUAGUCUCUCACGUCCCCAGAUCCCUACGUCCCUAGUCUCCCACGUCCCUAGUCUCCUAGUCCUUAAACCACUGCGUCCCCAAACACCUAUAUCCCUAACCCCCAACGUCCCUCCACUCUUAUCUCCCCAAAUUUCCAAAUCGGAAAAUUCCUACAUCAAACGCUAAUCCCUAUCACAAACUCCAAAAAUCCAUAAAUAUCGAGUGGAGGUGGUCCCUCCACGUGUUUGCACAAGACAACGUAACGCGAGGUAAUCCAACAUACAGCUACCUGUCCAAACCCCGGAGAUAAAGAUCCUAGGUACAUCAAUGCUCGCUGUACAACCACAAUGAUCAUACCCGCGUUCCUUUCGAACACACACUUGCCAGCACCCAGUAACCGCAACCGGUUAUGUAUAACACACGCGAAUGGCGCGAGCGAAUUUGUGUUGGCAUCGUUUGGCGGCAAUCAGUGUGUGGUGGGAACGCGAUGCAAACGUCAGCGGGAUCAAGGGGGAGCGUAUAAAGGUUCCUCGAAGCAUCGUGAAUCCUAUUCAGAGACCGAGUCUGGUCACCGCUGCUAGCAGAUAUACUCGGGUAUAUUCGUUGGCGAAAUUCCAUUGAAUCGCGAGAAGCUGAUCACUCGACCAGUUCGCUCGACAAGACCCGUUCCUUUCUUCGACCAUCGGUCGUUGUUUAACAUUCUUCUUGGCCACGUAUUUACGGACGCCACGUCUUUUGUGUCGUGAGAAGCGAAUACCGAUCGAUCAAAUAUGCCGACUUGUACGUGCGAACCGAGGAUCUUCGACGAAGAGAACCACGUGUGUCAACUGAAGCCGCCUGCCGAAUACGAGGACGAGAAAAUUGAAUACGACGCUAGUGUUAGGUACUCAGAUGGCUCCGUACGACUACGAAAUCCAAAUAUCGAGCUCAUGGAUCAGGACAUCCUGUACCAUCUCGCUCUUGGCAGCGGCUCGCACGAUCUUGUGGAGAUGUUCGGAGAUGUCAAGUUCGUGUGCAUGGGAGGCACACCUAAACGCAUGGAACAGUUCGCCCACUACAUAAUGCAAGAAAUAGGCCAUAAGCUUCCUGCUGGAACGACGCUUCUCGACAUUAGUCAGUAUUCAUACCGUUACUCCAUGUACAAAGUUGGGCCCGUUCUAUCUAUUAGCCACGGAAUGGGCAUACCGUCUGUCGGGAUUCUUCUGCACGAAGUCAUCAAGUUGAUGUACCACGCCAAAGUUAAGGAUCCAAUAUUCUUCAGGAUCGGUACGUGUGGAGGGAUCGGUCUCGAAGGCGGCACCGUAGUCAUCUCUGAAGAAGCAGUGGACGGCAUGCUGAAGCCUUACUUAGAUCUGCCCGUGCUAGGUAAAAUAGUAAGAAGGCCUGCAAAGCUGGACCGACAGCUAGCUCACGACUUGAAGGCCCUGGCGCAUCGCGACGACCCUUACGAUACCGUGAUCGGUAAAACCAUGUGCACCUAUGACUUCUACGAGGGACAAGGCCGAAUGGACGGUGCAUUCUGCGAGUUCAGUGAAAAUGAUAAAUUGGAGUACCUAAACAAGCUGCACGAGGCUGGAGUAGUGAAUAUAGAAAUGGAAAGCCUCUCCUUUGCGGCUCUUACUCAUCACGCGGGCAUCAAGUCCGCUGUUGUUUGUGUGACACUGCUAGAUAGACUCAAGGGAGAUCAGGUGCUGGCACCAAAAGAGGUCCUUGAUGAAUGGCAGAUGAGACCACAGCAAUUGGUUUCUCGUUACAUAACUAGAUAUCUUCAACGAAAGGGUCCUCGUUCCCUAGAAGGGCAUGGACUGAUGUUUGUUAAGAGCCCUCGUCGGUUCAAGCUGGUUCAACAGGAAUCAGAGAACUACGAUUAAAUUUAUGCCGUGUCAAAUGAAGGAACAAACUGUGCGGUUGAAGUAAAAUGGAACAUGGAUUCGUUGAUUCUAUCGACGAUUAUUUUACUAAACAGAUUUUAUUUUAUUUUAUUUUAUUUUAUUUAUUUAAUUUCAACUGAGGGUAUUAUGGUUACUAAGCACAACGCAGGAAUGUAUGUAUGUAAUUUGAGUUUUAUUACUUUUCUCUUUUCUAAUUAGCUUUCAUUCAUUAUCACACCAAAGUUCUUUACUUUCUACUUAGACCACCAUACUUGCAUAAUUAAGUAUUAUCUACUUAUAAUUGAAGUAUUCAUUUUAUUUGUAAUGUAGCAAUUUAGAUAUUUCUUUAAUGUUACAUGAUUUUGUUCGAACAUAGAAGUUAUUGUAGUAUGUAACAGAACAUUUUAAAGUUCCUCCUAAAUUUUCUAAUGAUUAUGAAAGGGAAACUCAAAGAGUCAUAACCUCGUUUUUGCUGCAUGUGAAGAUGCGGUGAUUCAAGUACAAAACAGGCACGAUACAUAUGUAUAAAGAAAAGGUAAACGCGACUACCAAAAGUACGUAAUGUACAUCUUUAACGACCACGCUUGGCCACAUAUCUAUUGUCCGUGUAUUUUCUGACAUUUUUAUUUUAGAUUGCGAUUAUGAUCGCCUGUAACACUUUGACAACCACUGUCACGUACCUUGUGACUUUGAUACAUAGCUUUCUAAUCCUUCACUCUGUUUCCACGUAGAGUAGCAAUUGUAUCAAUUGUAAUUUGGAAAUUAGUAAUUUUAUAGUGUACAUUAAGAAACCUUAACAAGUACAAUCCUAGUAGGCUUUAUUUAGUUAGAAGAAAAAGUAGGUUUUAAAAAGUGGCUGUCAAAGUGUUCAAAUUUGCAACAAAAUUUAAUGUUCAAUUACUUACAUUGUUUAAGACACGAUGGAUAUCGUGCAAGACUUUGUAUAUCAAUAGAAUUGAUAAAAUGUUGCAACGGAUAUAGAUCCAUAUUCAUAGGAUAUGGUUUACCGUAGCAGUGCUUGAAAUUCCAUUACUUUAUUCGAUGAAACUGCAGAUCCUUUCGAUUGGGUUUCAGGAACCUGCAAGAUACCAUAUUCUAUAGCGUUAAGAUUCUGUGUAUUAGUAAUUGAUUAGACAAUUUAGUGGCACAUUCCAAAUACUUAGAUAAUAAUGUUUGCUUCCAUUCGGUUAUAUCUGUGGUAUGGCUGAGAUCGUUCUAACAGACUUAUACUCAGUCAAAAUAGUCUCCGUACACUAUGUUACAAUUUGGCAUUGUAUGAUUUCAAUGGAGAAGGUAGUAAAUACAGAUGCUGUACAUAGAUUUAUUAAUAUUUAGUUAGUUGGUGCUCUUUUUAUCUUCAUGACUUCCUGUUUUUUUUUCUGUAUAAUACUGAUUAUCUUCUGAUAACAGUUGAAUUUUGUUCAACUGAAACAUCUUAGAUGACAGGCUUUCUAAAUAAAGUAAGAUAAAUAUUUGCUGCCUUCUCUGUUGGAAGGGGAGACUUUUUAAACUGAAUGUACAUCAUAUAUAGCAAAGAAAGAAAACGGAAUUAAGAGUUGAGCUCUUUUUUUAAAUUUUGUUAAGAUUAGAUUAUGAAUUCAGAAGGUGUUAGUCAUUAGUUUUAUUUUGAGCAUUCCAGUAUAAUGGAGAGACGUUGCUCCAGUGCCAAAGCUAACGUUGUUGAAAAUGAUUCAGCUCAAUAAGAUUGUUCUUAAUCUUAUCUUUCAAUGGAACAAUUUGUUGAAACUUUGUAAUUAACGAAGGCAUUAAAAGUGUUGAUAAUAUAUCACUUACAACUCUCUGUGUAUGUAAAGGAAGCAAAAUUAAACGUGAUAUUUUUUAACAAGUGUAUGUAGAAAAAUUGAGGUAGUUCAAAUUAUGCAGUGGUUUUUAAGCUUUGUUCGUAAAAAUUCAGUGUAAUAUAUUCUUGAAUUGCGUGUGUUUUCUCUUUCGUAUUUUAACGUGGUUUGUUGAUUAUUUAAAAAAUGAAGUACACGAAACGAGAACUUGAAUAUUAAUCAUAAAAGGAAAAACGAUUUUAAACACAUAAUUGUAUCUACAUUAUCCUGAUAACGAUCUUCAAAGACUUAUGAAAUUUUUCAUUGAUUUUAUACAUAUGUAUAACAUUAGUAUGCAGAUACUGAUAUUUUUUGUGUUUAAAGACUUUAAAAAAUAUCAAAGUUUAAAUCACUUGUAAAGUUUGUAACUAUGUUCCAAUUAGUAUUGUGUUCUGUAAAUGUGUUCAAUCAUAAACCAUUUCUCAAACAUUUGAGCCUUAUACAUAUACACGUUAAAGCGUUUAAUAAAUACUUGAUAUUGCUAAAGUUUUGAAAAGUUGUAUGAAAUUUUUAUGCAAAAAUAUUUUCGAGCGCUACAUGUACUGAACUUUGAACAAAACAUUAUCGAUUAAUAAAUGUAUUAAUUACGGUAUUUGUUUUUCAUAAAUUCAUUUACUAUAUGUACAUGGAAUAACUUUAACGUUUUACUUGAAUCAUUGUAACAAAAUUAAUCAAACUAUCAAAAAUAAUCAGAUGAAAAUUGUAAACUUUUUGUAAGAUAUCUUUGUGUCGAAAUAAGGUGUAUGAAUAAUACAUGUAAUACCAAUACAUACACUCUGCGAUAACUGUUUGAUCUCACUUAGAUAUAUCUCAAAAAGUUGCAACAUUAUUUUUUGAAAGAAUCUUACAUACAACUAAAUGAUCUCAGUUUAAAAACUUUAACAAUCCAGAACAUAUCAAUACACAAUCAUGUCACUAAUAUAAUUCCAUAGUGAUUACUUGGUGCAUUUGCCAUUAAUAUAUACUAACUCUUGUAUGGAGAUUGAGUGAAUCUACAUAAAAUCAAGCGAAACAUUAUUUCUUCUUUAUUAUUAAGUGGAAAUUAAUUAUAUACAGGGUAUGUAUAACACGAAUUUUAUUGAUAUAGCUGAAUGAGAUCAAACAGUUAUCUCAGAAUGUAGCAAGUAUAACAUAGACUUCUCUUGGUUAAAGGAGAAAAUAAAAACCCUAAAGAGAGAACCUAGGGAGAGCCUAACGCAGACAUAUCUUUGCAUAUAAAAUAAUGCAAAGAGUAGGAUAUUUUUUCCCUCACACUUUCCCUUAACUAUCAGAAGUCUAAGUUGCACAAGAUUGUAAACUGAUGUCCAUAAGUAUUAAGAAUUAAUCAUAAAACUUGUUCGUGUCCAAAUGCUUCAAACUUUCAUUCAUCUGUCUAGAGCAUUUUUUCAGUCUAUCGAUUAACAAGUAAAGGAAGAUAUUUAUGCAUUUCAUUUUUUAUUUCUCUUUUUCAACAUUCUCAUACAAUGUUGCCAUAAGCAAUAAGACCACUGCCACAAGGGCAAACUCUUGGGCACUGCUCUAGACUUUUGUCUGCAUUACAUGGAAAGCUGCCUAUGCAUCAAAAUGCUGAAGCAUAACAUGAAAUAGAUUAUGAUUAAUUUAUACGAUGAAUUAUUAAAGAUUCGAUACAAAAUAAACUGAUACUUAUGGAUGACAGUGACAUGAUACACGCAACACACGUUUAUCACGUUGUACGCACAAUAGUCGAUUAAACGUUCAUUAUGUAAUUUUGCAUUGAAGUUCAUGAUAACUGUUAUAAAAGUUGUUGACGUUGUAAUCAUAGCUCACGCUUCGAAGAACCAUGCGAAGGCACUUCGACUUGUUAACCACCAUAGGACUGUACGGGGUACAGCGUAACCCAUAUAUUUUUUUCUUCAGGCUCUAAUUUUUAUUUUUUAUGUAUCACGCAAAGAAAGACUGAAUUUUCUUUACUUCUUUGCAGGAUAGAAAUUUCUUUUGUGUGGGAGUACAGAAAAUAUUAGUACAAUUAUUUCGAGAUGUAACAAAUUAAGUUUCGUUUUCGAUGUUGUAAUUCGCCUACUGUUGCAUUUAAUAAAUUUAUACAUGUAAUACACGUAAUAAAAUGUAUUUUGUACCCCGCACGGUCCCUAACCUUUUUUCGGAUUGUAGGGGGCGUUAUGACGUAAGUCUUUAAAAGGGGAGUCCCCGAUUUUAAAACUGAUCCAAAUGGUGACUUAAAAAGGUUGACAAGAAAAAGAUUGAUGACUUAUUAAAAUUGUAGUAAUUGCACAGUAAGUAAGAAACGUCUGAAACUUCUUAUAGACAAUUAUAAAUUUAAUUAAGUGGUACUUAAAUGAAAUAACCUCAGGAAACCAAUCCGAAUAAAGGUUACAGUCCUAUGAGGGUUAAUUACAUACAUAUUUUUGUGACUACAGAUUACUGCUUCACAUGUUGCAUCUUGUUUACUGUUAUCGUAGCUAAUGAUGUUAUACAAUUGUAUGAUAUACCUUCGUUGUUGUUAACGAAUGCCUGUAUAACAAUUACCUACGUAAUGUUAAAUGUUCUGAGAAGAAUUGCAGAGCUUGAAAUCGAAUACAGUUGUCAGAGGAAAAGUUAUCUGAAAUAGUUGUGCCAGUGUUAAUGGAAAUAGCCGAAGUUAGAUAUUUUUAUAUCUUUUUACUUACCAUUGUUUUAACACAUGAAAUAAGUUCUGGACAAGAAUAUUGUAUUUUGUCAUUCAUUUAUACUAUCUGACAUUUUGAGAGCAUACUUUUUACAGAUAAAAAUUUACUAAUUCUGUUCUUUAUGAGAAUAUAGAUGUAGUGUUCAGGAAUAUGUUCAUGUGUUGUUUUAUGGUUGUAUUUGGUGUAAUAGAUGUACCUGCUGCAUCUGUGAUCUAAUCUGAAAAUUAUGUUUCCGUAAAGAAUAUGUUCUCUAAAUAUUAGUUUUUAACAUACAAGACUUGUAUUGUACUUACAUUUUAAGACGGGACAGCGUAACCUGUUGGGAAAUAUAAUGUGUCUGGACUGUAAAGAACAGCAUCCUUAAAUUUGAAAGGGAACAUUGUACAUACAAACCCAAAUCGAUUUCAAUGCUCUGACUUCAAUUAAACAGACAUCAUAAUUUAACCUGAAUAAAGUUUACAAAAUCA